GAUGGCGUGGGGCUGGAGAACCGCAGUCCCGGCUGCAGCAACUGGGAGAAGGCAGACCGUGUGAGGGGGCCUGUGGCCCCAGCGUGCUGUGGCCUCGGGGAGUGGGAAGUGGAGGCAGGAGCCUUCCUUACACUUCGCCAUGAGUUUCCUGAUCGACUCCAGCAUCAUGAUUACCUCCCAGGUGAGUCACCGCCUCCCGCCCCGACACCCGUCCGCCUCCCUUUACCGAAUCGCCCUCUCCGGUCCUCCGCGGUGUGGGCUGGUCCGGGGUCUCGCUCCUCUUUUACGCGGCCUGCGCCACUCACUCUGGCACCCAGAGAGGGUGUGCGAUUUGCUGCGGCCGGUUCCCUCAGCCCCGGCUGUCAGGAGGCUGGCCUGCGGCCGUCCGCGUCCCCACCCGGCAUCCAUCCCCGGAAUUUCGGUCCACUUUUGGAAGCGGUCCGCCGACCUCCAGGCUAAGAGCCGGCGCCGCCAGCUAAGGCGGCGGUUCUAGGAGCUCCUCGAAGCUUCCGGGCUGCGCCACUGAUCCUGGACUGGGGAAGCCUAUGUGGUUCUGGGCGCGGGGUGUGCGACGCGCCAGUACUGGAUACUGAGGACACGUCAGUGCAGGCUUUGCUGUUAAAUGUCAAAUCCUGAAUCCGGGUGUGGAGAAAUUUGCUGCUUCAAAGUAUCAGUAUAAGAUACUAUUUUUUGGAUUUGGGUGGCUUUUCUUCAUGCGCCAAUUGUUUAAAGACUAUGAGAUACGUCAGUAUGUUGUACAGGUGAUCUUCUCCGUGACGUUUGCAUUUUCUUGCACCAUGUUUGAGCUCAUCAUCUUUGAAAUCUUAGGAGUAUUGAAUAGCAGCUCCCGUUAUUUUCACUGGAAAAUGAACCUGUGUGUAAUUCUGCUGAUCCUGGUUUUCAUGGUGCCUUUUUACAUUGGCUAUUUUAUUGUGAGCAAUAUCCGACUACUGCAUAAACAACGACUGCUUUUUUCCUGUCUCUUAUGGCUGACCUUUAUGUAUUUCUUCUGGAAACUAGGAGAUCCCUUUCCCAUUCUCAGCCCAAAACAUGGGAUCUUAUCCAUAGAACAGCUCAUCAGCCGGGUUGGCGUGAUUGGAGUGACUCUCAUGGCUCUUCUUUCUGGGUUUGGUGCUGUCAACUGCCCAUACACUUACAUGUCUUACUUCCUCAGAUACCCUGUAUCAUGCCCAAGAGUGGGACCCCAAAACAUUUUGCUAGCAGUUUGUGCUUUUUGUAGGAAUGUGACUGACACAGAUAUUCUAGCCCUGGAACGGCGACUGCUGCAAACCAUGGAUAUGAUCAUAAGCAAAAAGAAAAGGAUGGCAAUGGCACGGAGAACAAUGUUCCAGAAGGGGGAAGUGCAUAACAAACCAUCAGGUUUCUGGGGAAUGAUAAAAAGUGUUACCACUUCAGCAUCAGGAAGUGAAAAUCUUACUCUUAUUCAACAGGAAGUGGAUGCUUUGGAAGAAUUAAGCAGGCAGCUUUUUCUGGAAACAGCUGAUCUAUAUGCUACCAAGGAGAGAAUAGAAUACUCCAAAACCUUCAAGGGGAAAUAUUUUAAUUUUCUUGGUUACUUUUUCUCUAUUUACUGUGUUUGGAAAAUUUUCAUGGCUACCAUCAAUAUUGUUUUUGAUCGAGUUGGGAAAACGGAUCCUGUCACAAGAGGCAUUGAGAUCACUGUGAAUUAUCUGGGAAUCCAAUUUGAUGUGAAGUUUUGGUCCCAACACAUUUCCUUCAUUCUUGUUGGAAUAAUCAUCGUCACAUCCAUCAGAGGAUUGCUGAUCACUCUUACCAAGUUCUUUUAUGCCAUCUCUAGCAGUAAGUCCUCCAAUGUCAUUGUCCUGCUAUUAGCACAGAUAAUGGGCAUGUACUUUGUCUCCUCUGUGCUGCUGAUCCGAAUGAGUAUGCCUUUAGAAUACCGCACCAUAAUCACUGAAGUCCUUGGAGAACUGCAGUUCAACUUCUAUCACCGUUGGUUUGAUGUGAUCUUCCUGGUCAGCGCUCUCUCUAGCAUACUCUUCCUCUAUUUGGCUCACAAACAGGCACCAGAGAAGCAAAUGGCACCUUGAACUUAAGCCUACUACAGACUGUUAGAGGCCAGUGGUUUCAAAAUUUAGAUAUAAGAGGGGGGAAAAAUGGAACCAGGGCCUGACAUUUUAUAAACAAAAUGCUAUGGUAGCAUUUUUCACCUUCAUAGCAUACUCCUUCGCCCUCAGGUGAUACUAUGACCAUGAGUAGCAUCAGCCAGAACAUGAGAGGGAGAACUAACUCAAGACAAUACUCAGCAGAGAGCAUCCCGUGUGGAUAUGAGGCUGGUGUAGAGGCGGAGAGGAGCCAAGAAACUAAAGGUGAAAAAUAUACUGGAACUCUGGGGCAAGAGACGUCUAUGGUAGCUGAGCCAAACACGUAGGAUUUCCCUUUUAAGGUUCAUAUGGAAAAGGUUAUAGCUUUCCCUUGAGAUUGACUCAUUAAAAUCAGAGACUGUAACA